UUAGUUCAAGAAGGCCCUCUCCCUUUUCCCGCGAGUGACUCGUAGCAGUGUAGAUAUUUACAGGGAUGACCCAAUGAUCCCUCGUCGAAUUGUAACCCUCGUUUCUUAUUGCCGAUUUUUCAGCCGGCGACGAAGCUUAUCUAAUGCCGUAUCUCUUUGAGGGCAGAGGUUCAAGGGUUUUGCGUGUUGAUGAUGCUUUCGGGUGUUAGAUGGUACUGCACCAGCACCAACGACAACGUUUUCGAAAUGCAGGCGAGCUGUCGACCGUGGCACGUCUCCCCCGCCGCUUCUCUGCCACGCAGGAGAAUUCCAGGUGCGAAGAAAUUGCAGGUUCCCCAUUCAAGGCUUUCUUUGCAUGCGAGCCUCUGUUGUUCUGGGGAGCUCCUACCAUCAGCAUCGUUCAAUGGACAUUCGAUAUUUAAACCAGAAUACAUGCAAUCAAAGAAGCCAAAAAAGUUUGUUGUUUUUUCCACUGAACAUUCUUCGGAAGGCUGCUUGAAAGAUCCGACGCUCUUGCAAUCGUCUCAGUCCGAAUCAAGUUCAGAAGUGAUCAAUGAGGAAGAAAGCUCGACUGUUGCGCUCGAUGAGAUUGAAUUUCCUUCGCUUCCAGUAAAACCUGCUCGAUACAAAAAUAGACUGUUGAAUUUUGUUCGCAUUGGAUCUCUGGUUAAUGAUGCUGCUGAAUCAUUUUUCAAAAGUGAAAUACGUCGGAGGUUGUUUGUGACUGCCGUGUUGAUCGUAGCCAGUCGGAUUGGCUAUUUCAUUCCUUUGCCUGGGUUUGAUAGAAGAUUAAUUCCCAAAGAUUACCUUAGUUUUGUUUCUAAUUCUGUAGAGGAGCUUGGUGAUUUCACUGGAGAACUUAAGCUUUCACUUUUUCAGCUUGGGAUUAGUCCACACAUAGCGGCAUCCAUUCUCAUGCAGGUACUCUGCCACCUUGUCCCUUCCUUAGUGAAGCUGCGCAAAGAGGGCUUAGAUGGUCAUGAGAAGAUCAAAAGCUAUAUAUGGUGGAUUGCAUUGGGCUUUGCGAUAUUGGAGGGUGUGGUUGUUGCAUGCUCAUCACUUCAAUAUUCUAUCUAUGCUGCUACUAGCAGGAUAAGCCAUGUUGCAGUGACUACUUGCCUGUUGGUUUUUGGGGCAAUGAUAACAACAUGGAUUUGUGAUAAAAUAUCGGAAGCAGGGUUUGGUCAGGGAUCGUCACUGCUAAUAUGCAUUGGUAUAUUGACUGGCUAUACAGAGACUUUACACAAGAUGAUAACACAGGUUUUAGGGAGCACUAUGAACUGGUGGCCUUAUAUGUUUGCUGUAGUGGUACUCUUUACCAUCGUGACUAUGUGGGCAGUAUUAGUUACAGAGGGUUGUCGGAAGAUCAGGUUGCAGUACUAUGCUUUCAAGCUUGCACCUUCUUCUAGGGAUGAUUCAUCAAUUGCUGAGGUGGAGCCUUACAUACCUCUCAAUAUUAAUCCGGCUGGGAUGCAGCCUGUACUCACUACUUCCUAUCUAUUGGCUGUUCCAAGCAUUCUUGCAGUUGUUCUUGGUUCAUCAUUUUGGGAAAAAGUGAAAGAGAUUUUAAGCCCUGGAGCCCCUGGAGCGAAGCCAUGGAUUUUCUACACAGUUUAUGCAUUUCUUGUGUUUGUUUUCAACAUUUUUGAUAUUGCUAAUAUGCCAAAGGAGAUUGCAGAUUACAUGACCAAGAUGGGUGCUAGAAUUCCAAAUGUAAAACCUGGAAAGGCUAGUGUAGAGUAUUUGACAAAGAUACAAGCUUCCACCCGAUUCUGGGGGGGAUUACUACUGAGCAUCUUGGCCACUUCAUCCACCAUGCUUGAUCAUUAUUUAAGGCGUAUCAACGAGGGGUUUGCCAUUGGUUUCACAUCAGUUCUUAUAAUUGUUGGUUCCAUCAUAGAACUGAGAAGAUCCUAUCAAGCAUAUAACGUGAUGCCGUCACUGAAUGAAGUUCUGAAGCGCUAUGGUGUGUAGUUUUCUGGAUCUACCUUUCAGGGGAACAUGUACACUUGAACUAGAGAACAGGUGGUCGAUUGGCAUAUGUAUGUAUUGGUAAGACAGGUUGGUGGAAAGGGUAACGGCUCGACUUGCCUGAGAAUCCAUUUUCUGAACGGAGGUUAACCUAUACUAACUUGCCUCGGGAGUCGCUGCAUCAUGAGCCGUGAAGCUUCUCAGGCAGAUGUUUCCGUUCCUUCCCAUAGGCUGUAUUUACUGCAAAUAGAGGAGCGUUACAGUCCACAGAAAUCAGCUUACUUUUUAUCCUAGAAAGUUCAGCUUAUGAUGCUCGCCGUUCUAAAAUGUCGGUGGGUAACCCUCCGUUCUUCAGAAAGUGACUGGCAACACACGUGCGGUAGUAACCUUGUUACUCCCGACUGCUUGCAACCUAGUCGGUUCGUUAGAUCAAGUAGAAAGGAACCAUGGAGUAUGCUUACGGAUUUUUCAAUUCCCGGCUGGAAGUUUUUGCAAAUCUGACACUGUAGACCGUAUCCCUGUUCUAAAUUAGGAAAUCUCUCGAACUAUAUGCAGAAAUUGCAAUUUGCUAUCCUCUUUUCAUGUAAAGCACUAUGGAAAUUUAAGAUUACCAUUCCGAAUUUUUCGCAGCUA